CCAGUUGUCACAUGAGUGAGCUGCAGGAAGUGAGUCGCUGCUUCAGAGAUAUACAUACAGUAAGGAGAAAUGCAUCACAAAACAUUAACGGGAAGGAGUGCAUAUUGAUUUUCGAGGCCAUCCAUUUCAUCAAACGCAUAUACUGAGGUAUUUACGGUAGCUGGAUAAAUGAGUGUGCGCGCUUUGUGGAUUAUCUCUCAGGAAAAGGGGGAAAAUGUGACAAUACGCUUUUCAAGGAGGUUUUCUACUGUGGAACAUCGUGCAAAGAGCCUGGCAGGUUCAUCAUAUGUGGCAGUCCCAGAUGAGAGCACUUUCCUGCAGCUCCUGCUCACUGAGUUGGGGCUUUCAGACCCCAGCAAGCCAUAUGUAGCUGCCCGAGAUGAUUGCCUGUACCGGCCACGGUCACCUGCCUUGGAACUGUGCGUUGAUGGACCCGGGAAGGGAGCGCUUUGGCCUGUGUUGACCAUCUCUCAGGGGCCUCUCAUCCUUGCUUGCGUACCAUUAGUCAAUGCCCCUCCCGAGCCUCGUCCACCUCUGUCCAGCCUGCUGUCAGUCUCACAGGGUCUGACGCUACUCGCAGGCAUUCAGACCUUUCUGCUUGGCCCAGGGAGCAAACCUGAUAAUGAGGGGCUAGUGGCCCGUCUGGGAAUGAUGCCCUCGGUCCUCCUGCAGGUCUGUCCACUUGGCACACCCCUCGAUGUGCCUUUAACUGGCGCACCCUCAUCGCCCGCAGUGCCCACCUCCACCGGCACCCAGAAGCAGCCGGCCUGGAAGACUGGCCUGCACCGGGGUCGGGCUGCGGUGAACGUGGCGCUGGUAGAGACGGUGCGCACCAUGCAGUACGGAAACCAGAGCAGGCAGGAUUUGUGGGAUGUUUUUGGCACCGUGACAUGCAAAUGUGAAGUAGAGGGGGUGCUCCCGAACGUGACGGUGACCCUCUCACUGCCACCAAACGGCUCUCCGCUGCAGGACAUCCUGGUCCAUCCCUGUGUCACCUCACUGGAUUCUAGUAUCCUGACUGCCAGCAGUGUGGAUAAUUACGACGGUUCAUCUUUCUCAGGACCAUAUAAGUUCCCCUUCUCCCCACCUCUAGAGCCUUUCAGAUUAUGCAGUUACACGUCUCAGGUUCCUGUACCCCCCAUCCUGGGUUCAUAUCAGCUGAAAGAAGAAGAAAACCAGCUCCGUGUGUCAGUUGCCCUCAAACUCCACGAGAGUGUUAAAAACAGCUUUGAGUACUGCGACGCACAUUUGCCAUUCUUCAACAGGGCUCAGAUGGGUGUUGUGGAUGUGAAGGUGAGCUCUGGACAACUGGAUGUUUCAAAGGAGAAGAACUUGCUGGUCUGGGCUCUGGGCCAAAAGUUUCCAAAGUCUCGUGAAGUCACAAUGGAGGGCAAGAUUGUUUUUUCUGGGCCAACACCCGGACCUUCUGAUCCCCUCUGCACACAACUUACUGCUUACAUUAAGUUGUACUUCAAAGUGCCUGACAUGACGUUGUCUGGUUGCUGUGUCGACCAGCAUUCAGUACAAGUUUAUUCCUCUGCGAAACCACGGAUUGUUACAUCCAGAGAACUUCAGUCCAAAGAGUACUUCAUAUGGAAUUCAACAGGCACUGCACCCGUGUCUUCUGGACAGAUGAUGUUAUAGCAUGGAUCUCAGGCUAAAGGUCAAAUGAGGAAGACAUGUCAGGCAGUGUCAUGUGACCCACUGGUUCAAGAGGGUUAAAAAAUGUCACUUUUUGUACAUAAUACAAGACUGUUUACCUGGUAGGAUCAUUUAUUCAUUUUCUUGAUAAUUAAGGCCCUUUGUAAAAACGCCCACGUAGUUGAGCGUUUUUACCCCCCGAACCUUCACCCUCCCUCAAAUUCAGACACAAAGGCCACCUCUUGCUCUGACAGUCCCACUUGAGUGACUCUCCGUCAGCCGGAUAAUUAGCAGCUGGGGUCUUGUCAUCAGCUGUCCUGGGGCGGGAGGAGUGGGGCUGGCCGGACUGUGAAAGGCCAGGCCGCUCUGGCCAGCGUCUUGGCUACAAAAGGCUUCUCUUUAAAGCUGGCAAGACCUCUUACCAAUACUGCUCACUUACCCCCACCUCCUUUAACCCCCGUCCCCAGCCUGUCAGCUAGUGGCUCAUUCAAACACACAACCCCUCCAACCGGACUGAUUGAGCGCUGACCCUCUGGGACUUGAAGCAGCCGGUCCCUUUCAAUAAGCAGGAGUUGCCUAAUUGGUGAAAAAGUCACAAGCAUUGUCUUGAUUUGCCAUUUUUAGGCUACAGAUGUGCCAUUAGCCAGGCAAAGCAGAUUUUAAAUGUAUCAUGAUCUUUGUCGAAAUUCCGAAAAAUCUUUUUAUUUGAUGGGCAUUUAGAAAAACUGUUGUUAAACUAUUUGUUUUCAGAUGCUUUCUCCAUUUUCAAGGUAUGUUACUGGAGUCAUACAUGUCAGAGGGGUGACAUUUAUUCUACUUAACCUGCAACUCAGUGUUUUAAGUUGAAUGAAUAAACAGCUGACGAAGGGUUAAAUCAGAGGAGAUCGUGCCCCCAUUAUUCCACAGCAGCCAGACUCCUCUGAGUGGCCUCAUUGUCUGCCAUUGGCCUGUUGUGCCCCUUGCUGGUCCAAAUGUUACAUUCUCACGUGGAUUUCCACUCAGAGGGCUGACCAUGACCAAUCUUCUGUCAAUUGGAACCAAUUGCUCACACGGCAUCCUUCACCUUCUUUUUAUGUAGCUGUAUGGAAUGGCAGACACCGAGACCUCUCAGCGCCCCCCCUCCACAAUAAUUUGGCUUUAAGGCCCAGUAUGUGUGGCUAGCUGACUGGAAAAGGAUACGUUUUUUGAAGAGUUGGGCCAAUCUAAAUCCCUUCAGGGUCCCAAUAUGUGGUCAGUCUGGCUCCUCGAGUCUGUAGUCAGUGGCCUCUCACUGGCAGACUUUGCUUUGUUGAUUAAAUAGCUUGCUAAGUAGAUCGUUUUAAUAUGUUUCUCUGCUUCAGUGCCUGCACUCUAACCUUAUGGCUUUUUUUAAAAUUCAUAAUUAUUCGUUUGGACCUGUUUGAUCAUAUAAAUAAAAUGAGCUUUUUGUAAAUAUAUGAAAAAUCAAAUGAACCAAAAUUAAACUGAAACACUGUGGUUGAAUACAAGUCAGUUUAUUGAGAUAGCUCAAUUGUAAAUCCUUUUUACACAAAACAUUUUUUUUCGUUCUAGCACUAGUUAUACCGCUGUUGUUAUCUAAUCCUUAAAUAGUUCCCUUAGUCCAAUAAUGACCCCCAGUGGCAGAGAACAAUAGAAACGUGUUCAAUUGUUUUGAUUUCUUGAACACAUUUUUAUUCACAUGUCUGCUAUUGAGUAAGUUCCACUGAGCCACCAGCAGAUUAUCUCUGCUGAUUUGAGUCCACAUGCUGUGUGAUGUGAUCCCUUUAUCAUUCAUCAAAUGCACCGUGCCUGAGGACAAGGCUUAUAACAUUAACAGGGGCUGCAUGUGUUUGGUAGAGGUCCAGUUCUUCUCAGCCCCUCUAAGUCUCUUAAGAGCUUGCCUCAGGGAGCCUGCUUCAAGAAUGACGCUGCAAUUAGUAUUUUCUUGUUUUCAGUCUGAUUAUUCUUCAAGGGGCUUUUGCCUAGUUUCAGAUAAAAGAAUAUCUUUGAAAACUGAAUGUUCCUUCUGUGCUUAUUUCCCCACCAGAUUUUGAAUAAUAGAAUAAGAAAGUUACUUUUGGAUGGUUGCAUUCUGUAUUGAUGGGGGUUAAGAUUCACUGACUUAAUACAAAUGCAUUACUUUCCCCUACAGAGGGCACCAGAAACUCACCAUAGAAAUUUGCCAAAGAGCAUGUCCUGAACAUCUAUCCAUUUGACAUAGCUCAGAUUUUGUCUUAUUGCAGUUUUAUUUCCACUACUUAAAAAAAACCUAAACAAAUAAAAAAAAAGAAGGGGCACUGUGUAAAAGUGUAUUAGAAAAUCAUUUUACAAUUCGGAAAAUAAUUCGAUCAAACAUUUAAAUUGGUUAAACAACUGAAACUGAGAAAAGCUGGUAUCUAUAUUCUCUAAUAGUGUGAACUCAACUUGAAUUUGAUCAGUACUUGAUACAAGACACAAGAAAAAGCUAAAGAUAUUUUACAAUAUGUGUAAAUGUGGAGAAUAAUCACAACCAAAGACAUCCUUUACUUUACAAACUGUGUUCUAAAUGUAUUAACUAUAUAUAUUAUUAUAUAAAUAUAAUAACUUCUUAACUAAAUGAGUUACACCAACAUUUGUUUACCCUCUU